UUCGCGUUGUGCCAUUUGCAGCUUUCUCCAAGGGCUCAUUACUGGGAGCGUGUGACGUCACCGGAGAGUCUGCCUCCUAGUCCAUGUUCCUUCUCUCUCUCUCUCUCUCUCUCUCUCACACACACACACACACCUCGAGAGGUCUAUUAGUGGGUCACACUCCGAAUAUCAUCACUCUAUCUUCUAGGAUUAUCACCUCGGAACAAUGCAGACAGUGGUGGAGAAAUCGCAGAGGGAAUGAGGAAUACGCACUCUGAUGAUAACCGAACGACUUUUUCAACGAGUUGUUAACAGAAAUCCUCAGGAUUUACGCAUGAAGCAUGGAUGAUUUCUGCAGUCUCACAUUGGAUGUCAAGAGCUUCUUCAUACAGCUUACUUAAAAAAAAAAACCUUAUAUUUUGGAUGGAUUUGCCAGUAUUAGAACUUUGCGAUGACCAAAUGACAGACUACAUGCACCACAGUAGAAGUUCUGUCCACCAUGGGCAGGUCUACCUAAAAGAUGAUACAGCAGAAUUAAUAUAUGGUAUAAACUCUGGUCGAUUCUCAGUAUACAUGUAGGCGUAUUCUAUAUGUCAACGAGGCCUUAUGGUAGGUUAUAUUAUAUAUAGCUAGCUAGUGUGUAUUAUAUUACAUGCUUAAUAUAAAUAGCCUACGUGUAAUUUUUUUUGCAAAACUAAAAACAUUUAGGCUGGUAAAAAAAUAAAUAAAAAAAAAGCUUGCAAAUUCAGGCUUGAUGUUAUUGAUAGAAGUGCAAAAUGGUUUUUGUAUCAUGUAAAGGCGCACUGUUUGUGUUAGUCUUUCUGAACUACUAAUGACCCCAGUUUGGUAACUGAGCAGGCAAAUUUACAGUGCAGUGUUUAGUAUCUCAGAAAGAGAAGACUGUAAAACAGAUCAGACGUGCUCUUGGGUGUGAUGAGGCGCUGAAGAGGAGAAAUCGGCGCCGUUUCCAUACGCAGAGCGCGUUGUAACACCGUUUCACCGGAGCGCAGCAGGACAACCCUGAAGUUUGAGGUGGGCUUUUAUUAUGCGAAGCGGCGUUGCGACGUGUCAGAGAUGAAGGAAAAGUCCAAGAAUGCGGCAAAAACGAGACGAGAGAAAGAAAAUGGAGAGUUUUACGAGCUUGCCAAGCUCCUGCCUUUGCCCUCGGCCAUCACCUCGCAACUGGAUAAGGCCUCCAUCAUCAGGCUGACCUCCAGCUACCUGAAGAUGAGGGCCGUGUUUCCCGACGGUGUGGGGGAGGCAUGGGACGAGGUAACGCGCUGCAGUCCGCUUGACUCUGUGGCGAAAGAGCUCGGAGCGCACCUGCUGCAGACUCUGGAUGGCUUUGUGUUUGUUGUCGCCUCUGAUGGCAAAAUCAUGUAUAUCUCUGAGACAGCCUCAGUUCACCUUGGCUUAUCACAGGUUGAGUUGACAGGUAACAGCAUAUUCGAAUACAUCCACCCGUCUGACCAUGACGAGAUGACUGCAGUGCUGAGUGCUCACCAGCCACUUCACCCGCACCUUCUACCAGAGUACGAGAUGGAACGAUCCUUCUUCCUCAGGAUGAAGUGUGUAUUAGCCAAGCGGAACGCAGGGCUGACGUGCGGUGGUUACAAGGUGAUUCACUGCAGUGGUUAUCUAAAGAUCCGGCAGUACGUGAUGGAGGUGUGCCUCUACGAGUCCUGCUAUCAGAUUGUGGGUCUGGUCGCCGUGGGUCACUCGCUGCCUCCCAGCGGCAUCACCGAGAUCAAACUCCACAGCAACAUGUUCAUGUUCCGCGCCAGCCUAGACCUCAAGCUCAUCUUCCUCGACAGCAGAGUGGCUGAGUUGACCGGUUAUGAGCCGCAGGACCUGAUAGAGAAAACCCUGUACCAUCACGUCCACGGCUGUGACGUGUUCCACCUGAGAUACGCACACCACUUACUACUGGUGAAAGGGCAGGUCACCACAAAGUAUUACCGCAUGUUGUCCAAGCAUGGCGGCUGGGUCUGGGUCCAAAGUUAUGCCACCAUCGUGCACAACAGCCGCUCAUCUCGGCCGCACUGCAUCGUUAGUGUCAACUACGUUCUCACAGAUAUUGAGUAUAAGGACUUGCAAUUGUCUCAGGAGCAGCUCAAGGCCAGACCAGUCCUGUCCUAUAAGAGCUCUCAUUCUCCACCACAGGACUUGCGCAAACAGUUCAAAACCAAAACAGCCAGAGUCAAAACUAAACCCAAAACGUCCCCAUACCCACAGCUCUCCAUGUCCUCUGAUAAGUUGGAAUCCCCUCCAGGAGGUAGCUGGAAGUCGAGUCCUCCGUGCAGCCUUUCAGCCAGCCAGGAAAAGUGUCCUGUCUCACUGUCCAAUCCUGAGCCGGGCAAGAUGCUGCCCUAUAGUCUGCCGCUGCGGUACUCGUGUGCACAAGCUCACACACGCCUCCGUGAGGACUGCAGAAAGCUGCGGCCAGUGACCAGUUCCCCAGAGCAGGAUGAGUGUCAGCUCCUGUCAGGUCCAGUGGUCCACAGAGACGAACACUGGAGCAACACAGGCUCCCCCAAACACCCUUUAAAUCCACACACACUCAGCACUAAAUCUUCUCUGCACAACGGCAGCCCAACCACCUCAUCGUAUGGCAACAGUUACGCAGAUUGUGCUACAGUGUCCAGGAGGUUUCCCGGGCAGUCUCUCCAUGAAAACUUCAGCAGCUGCUCGUCUUCCUCCAGACCUAGCAGCCGCUUCAAAGAGGAGCCAUAUGAACAUCUCUCCAUCAGCCAUAGCAGGCCACAGAGCCAUCUUCACAAUCCUAUACAGGGAAGUACUGAGGCUAGGAAACUCAGUAAAGACCCCACAGAGAGGACCGAGAUGGCAGUGCCAUGCCGGCUGUUGAGUAAGAGCACCUAUGAUCAGCCACGUGUGUGCCAGGGACUCCAGAACCUUAGCCAGAACUUUCCCAUGCAGAUGAUGCUGGAACAGAAACACAGGUUGCACAUGACUGAGACAUCAUACAACCCCCAAGGGCAGCAGCAAACGGCUCGCGAGCACUGCGAUGCCACCAGGAGUGAGGAGAGGACAGUACUGAAGGGACAAGCUCCAUACGUCUCGCUGAACCUUCACCACGUUCUGGCUAAGCACAGCUCCUUCCCAGCUGUGCCGUAUUCACUUGGGCACCUGACGGACAGCUACAACUACCGGGGGGAGGAACUCAAUCCCUAUUUGUACAGGGGCCAGAGCCCUGCCUCCCGCCCUUCCCCUGAGACCCAUGGCCAAAUUCCGCACUACAUCGGCACCUCGGUCAUCAUCAGCAACGAGAGGUGACAUGCUCAGGGUCAAGUGUCAGGGGUCAGAUACCAAGGACGCUAAAACUCUUGUGCCAGUAGGCUGCAAGUGAACAGUGAUUCAGACACAGCUGCACUCAUGCAAGCCAGUUCUAGACUCUGCAUGGAGCAACACAUUACUUCAGGUACUGAACAUAUUCUAUUUUUGCAAACCGCAUAGCCGAUAGUGAGACGACAAAGCUGGUGAUAUUUGUGAAAAUGCUUAGAACUGGUAUAAUCAUCUAUGAUUUUUAUUUGAAUGGCGUCCUAGUUGCUGAAAAAGCAAGCAACUAAAUAUGCAAGAGCAUAUCGCUCAAUGUGAACUGAAAACUAACCUAACUAUAGGUUUGAUUUGAACUAAAUAGUAUAAAAAUCCUGAUAUUAUAUUUAAAAUCAAAUGUCAAGAUGCACAGACUGUUAACCCCCACCUUAACAACCUUUCAAGAAUUAUGAUUUAAAAAAAAAAAAAAAGUUUACACACAGCAUGAUGGGUAUGAUAUGUGAACAGUGAAAACAAAAUGUACUGAUAUUAAGAAUUUAAAUGUUUUUGCCAUGUGAUUUAUUUUUAAGUUGAAACAAACCAAAAGAACAUAAUAUCUUUUUUUUAAAAAUAUUCUCACUGGCUCAUGGACAGAAGAUAUUAGCAAUUUCCCAGCUCCCGCUUCAAGAUCUAUGUUGAUGAACAACCAAUAACCCACAUGCUUAAAAGUUAUAUAGCCUUAGAUUAUGGCCAAUAAGGGGCAGGAAAUACCAAUUCUGCUUGAUCAGAAAGAAAUAAUACUAUGUUUAUUUCUGCCACUGCUUUGACAUAUUUGUGACAAAUAUAAAUGAAACUGCAAUAAAUGAAUUGCAUCCAAAAGAUAUGGAAAUGAUGAAAAGGUACUUUGAGUCUGAAUAAAAAAUUUAAAAAAAAAAGAAAUAAGACAGAUGGUGUUUGUUCAUUUUUGCCAUUUGUAUCACUCCAUCCAACUUACCACAGUUCCAGGUUAUUUAUAAAGCAACAUUUCUCAAAGUGGGGUCCAGG